AUGGCCUACCCCAUUGAUGUGGAUACCAAUGCUCAAUGGACUAAGGCCACCUUUGCUGAAGUUGUGGGUAGUGGUUUGGAGGUGCCUAAAUCCUUUGAACACCUGGUUUUCCCUCAAUGUUUACUUGAUGCUGCUGCUGGAAGGGGUGUUUGCCCAUUUGUUAAUCCUCUAGGAGUAAACGAUGGGGAGCCUGCAAUUAUCUUCUCCCCUCAAGAAAUUAAUGAGCUCAAUGAGACUGGGCCUGAUUUCACUUGGAGAAGAGGUGCAAUGUGGGAGAGGCUAGAUAGAUUGAUGGGGAACUCUAAAUGGGUUCAGACCUUCCCUUGCACUAUCGUUACUCAUCUGGCUAUGACAGGUUCUGACCAUAGACCAUUGUUAUGUACUAUCCAAAUUGCUGAAAAGCCAAAAAAUGCUCCUUUCAGAUUUCAAAACAUGUGGACUCUCCACCCUCAAUUUGUUGAUGAAGUUUGUAAGGUUUGGAGGGCUGAUGGGAACUCUAAUCCCUGGGUAAAAUUGUGGAUUCUGCAGAAAAAGGUGGCUGCUCAUCUCAAGAAGUGGAAUUGGGAAAUAUUUGGUAAUAUUAAUGAGAAUUUGUCCACUGCUCAAAGUAAUGUUAUCAAAAUGGAAAAGAAUUUCCAAAUGGGUUUGAAUUCUGAAGCUGAACUGCACAAAGCAAGUGAGGAGCUGUUAAUGCAAACCAAUUUUACUGAAUGUUUUCUGAAACAAAAAGCUGUUGUCACAAGAUUCAUUGAUGGUGAUAGAAACACAGGCUAUUAUCAUGCUUGUAUUAAUUUCAGAAGGAAGAAUAACAUGAUCCUCUCUAUACAGGAUUCAAAUGGUAAUGUAGACAAUGAUGCUGAGGACAUUGCCACUGAUAUUCCUAUGGAAGGGGAAAUUAAAGCAGCACUGGAUUCUAUUGAUGACCAGAAGGCGGCUGGCCCUGAUGGUUUUACUGCUAAAUUCUACAAGUCUCCUUGGCAUAUCAUCAGUGGGGAGGUGGUUGAUGCUGUACAAUGCUUCUUUAAAGGUAUGGAUCCCCCUAAGUACUUCACUGCUUCCACUAUUACUUUGAUUCCCAAAAAUUCUACCAGGACUGGGUGGGGAGAUUUCAGACCUAUCAGUCUUACAAAUGUCUUGUCUAAAGUUAUCAACAAGGUUAUUAAUAGUAGGCUCCAACCUCACCUCCAACAACUUAUUAGCAAUAACCAGGUAGCAUUUGUGAAAGGGAGGCAGAUCUCUGAUAAUAUUCUCUUGGCACAGGAGUUGUUGCUGGACCUUGACAGAAAGUGUAGAGGAAGCAAUCUCAUUCUGAAAUUGGAUAUCCAGAAAGCUUAUGACACUAUCAAUUGGAAUUUUAUAUUGGACACUUUAAUUGCUAGGGGUUUCUCUGAGCCAUUUAUAAUCUUGAUAAAAAGAUGGAUGUCUUAA